AUCCUUUGGGUAACUCAUUUUUACUCAUUUAAAAUAUGACUUGGGUCGAGUACUUUAUCCAUUUUUAUUUAGCUCAUUUUCGAUCGACUCAUAUCAACUCGGGUUAUGAUAGAAGGAGUUGUGGCACUUUCGUUAGGGGGAAUCAGACUAGACUGUCAUUGUUCUAGAAGAGGAAGCGUAGGUAGCACAUUGAACCAUGUCUGUCUACGGUGAAAGAUAUCCCUAAACUGAGGGCUCCAGAGAUAGUAUUUCUCGACCCGCUCAUUUGUCACUCCUAAUUCCACCUCAUGUUGACCCCUGACUAUGACCCUAUUAUUUGUACUUAUAUAUGAGUGUGAGGAUUGAUAGAACACUCUGAAUUUAUAAAGGCAAGAGCAGUACUAGAGGAAAUUGAGAAAGUGUUAGCUAAUUGAUUUAAAGCAUGGCAAACAUGAGUCAAUUACCAAUUAGUAUUGGCUCAGACAAAGAGGGGAAUUUUACAUAUGCAAUGCAACUAUUGUCAUCAUCAGUACUUCCCUUUGUGUUGCAUUCAACAAUUGAAUUGGAUGUAUUUGAGAUCUUAGCCAAAGCUAAUGAUACUCAACUUUCUUCUUCUCAAAUUGUUUCUAAAAUGGCUUGCAACAACCCUAUUGAUGCAGCCAAUAUGUUAGACAGAAUGCUUUAUGUGUUGGCUACAUAUUCUUUGCUCACUUGCUCCAUUAAUAAUAAUAAUAAUGGACUCUAUGGUCUGUCACCAGUGGGUAAGAUGUUUGUUAGUGAUAAUGAAGAUGGUGCAUCUUUGGGGCCACUCUUGGCUUUGCUUCAACAUAAAGUAUCCAUUAACACCUGGUUUGGAUUAAGGAUGGAACACAUUGGAGGAGAUAUGUUUGAAAAUGUUCCAAAAGGAGAUGCUAUUUUUAUGAAGUGGAUUCUUCAUGACUGGAGUGACAGUCAGUGCGUGAAGUUACUGAAGAACUGCUAUAAAGCUACACCAGCAGAAAAUGGGAAAGUGAUAGUUGUUGAGGCCAUUCUACCAGUGAAACCUGAUCAUAUCCAUAGCUCUGUAGUUAUUUCACAAUUUGAUUUGAUAAUGUUAGCUCAAACUCCGGGAGGCAAAGAGCGUUCGCAACACGAAUUUCGAUCCCUCGCAACUGAAGCUGGAUUUAAUGGCAUUAACUUUAUAUGUCGUGUCUCUAAUUUUUGGGUCAUGGAAUUCCACAAGUAGCUCUAUCUUUACUAUUUCACUCUAAAUAUCAUCCAAUAAAUAAUCUUUCUGUUUAUUUGUAUUUGUCCAAUAUGUUUUCUCUAGUUUGUGUUAAGUGAGUUGUUGGACCUUUUUCAAUAGUUUGAAAUAAGUCAAAGUUCAAAAAAAUUAUGGGA